UCCGGUUACUUUGGUGUUUCAGUUAAACUCCAAUCUGGUUACACUGCUGGCGUUAUCACAUCAUUCUACCUUUCGAACAAUCAAUAUUUCCCUGGAAACCACGACGAAAUUGACAUCGAAUUCCUGGGAACCACGCCGGGGAAGCCAUACACUCUGCAAACAAACGUUUUCAUUAGAGGAAGUGGAGAUGGAAACGUAAUUGGAAGAGAAAUGAAGUUCCAUCUCUGGUUUGAUCCCACACAGGAUUUCCACCAUUACGCAAUUCAAUGGACUCCAUCAGAUAUCAUUUUUUUGGUGGACGACGUACCGAUUCGAAGAUAUACAAAAAUGAACGACGCAACUUUCCCAACGCGGAAAAUGUGGAUUUACGGUUCGAUAUGGGAUGCUUCUGAAUGGGCGACAGAGGAUGGAAAAUAC